AGAAUUGAUUUUUGUGACUCUUCGUCGUGCCAAAAAAAAAAUCAUUGUUUAUGCUGGAACUUCGUGAAUCUGUGGGAGAGGUUGUGAGUUCGGUGUUCGCGGGCGUGAAAAACUUGCAUCUCAGCGUUGGGCAAAAUUCGGAAAAGCCGCUUUUACCCGUGAUUGUUCGCCGAUUGGAAGAAUUUCCGAAUUACGGAAUCAUGGAUCCUUUGAUUAAGCCUCGUGCAGAAAGUCACAGCAAGGUCAAGACCGGGUCUGGUGGUGAAAACAGUACGAGGUUUGCAGUUUUUGUGCUCCUGUGUCUUUUCUUGGGAUCCGUCACCACGUUGUUCUACAUUCUGACCAUGUUUCCUGAAUUGGAAGAACAGGAAAAGCCACACAUGAAGUUGCCGAGGGACAUCGAAGAUGCAAAGAAUUUAGGACGAGUUCUUUCCCGGUACAACGAGAAGUACUUCGGAUCGGUGUUGUCUGGAGUUUUCGUCACCUACAUAUUUUUGCAAACAUUUGCCAUCCCCGGUUCGAUAUUCUUAUCGAUAAUGUCGGGAUUCCUCUUCCCGUUCCCACUUGCACUGGCUUUGGUGUGUUUGUGUUCUGCGAUUGGGGCAUCCAUGUGUUAUCAGUUGUCCAUCAUUGUUGGACGGCCUUUGAUGAAGAGGUACUUUCCGGAACGAGUCAAGGAAUGGGCUCUGAAGGUGGAGCGACACAAGGAUAACUUGCUGUUCUACAUGCUCUUCCUGCGGAUAACUCCGUUGGUGCCAAACUGGUUUAUCAACCUUUCUGCCCCGAUCGUUGGAGUCUCGUUGUCGCCAUUUUUCUGGGGAACAUUUUUGGGUGUCGCUCCUCCUUCCUUCGUCGCAAUCCAAGCCGGAACAACGUUACACAAGCUCACGUCAACGAGUGAAGCUGUUUCUUGGAAUUCAAUGUUACUCUUGGGAGUAUUCGCGGGGCUCUCGCUUCUCCCGAUAGUUUUCAAACGAAAGCUGAGGGAAAAAUUUGAUUAGUAGUCAUUUGUCGCGUUGAUGUUCAUACGUAAUAAUUCGAACUUUUUUUGGAUGGGCAGACAUUUUGAAGAGUCGUUCCGCGGGGAUUAAGUCAGUUGUUCAUUCUGCGUGCGUAUCGUUGGGUUUGAAGCAUUCGUUAAUUUCUGUCUGCCUGCUGACUUAUUCGGUGAACGAAGGGAUUGAGGAAAAUGCAGAGAUUAACCUGCGAAAAUGUAGGAAAGAUCUGUUGAGUGGAUUUCGAAUUUAGUUUGCAAGGAUGCGAUCAAAGUAUAUAAUUCAUUUAUUUAGACUUUUUUUGAAAAUUAUUGAGAAAGAAUUGCCAGCUGGCGGAAGGCGGGAAGAAUGUAGCAAUACCAUUCUGACUUUAAUCCACGCGUUGCUAGCUUUUAUUCAGGGUGGACCAAAGGGAAGU